UGUUUUUCACCAACACUCAGCAGUCACUGCUGGAGAAGACUGGACUACCAGAUGAGUCCACUGAGGAUUUUGGACUGUAGAUGUGGACGGGCUCCUGCUUUGACACCAGUGACAAAGAGGACUGCUGCAGUUUGAGAUGACUGGACUGUUACAGCAGCAACAGCAUCCUGUCCCCUUGGGAACUUUGACAGUUACCAGGGACUUUUGAUCAAAGAGGCGGCGCAUUCACGGAGGAUCAGUUGCAGCCCCGUUAAAUGAAAGCCAUAUUUCUGACAAAGUCCAGGAUGAAGACUCAUCUCCUCCGCUGGGAGUUUCUCUUCUUGACAGCUCACAUCCUUGUGGCCAGUGGACAACUGGAGCCGAAGAACCAAGUCCCCCAGGAACCACUUAUUGUCACCCAGAGACUCGGCCUCGUAGAGAGGGAUGUACAGGGUCCAGUGAGGCCCAACAUCACGAUGCCCCGUCGUCGGCUGCCUCCCAUGUGCUCUGGACCCACGGAAAUCAGAGACACCUUUAAGUACAUCAACACAGUGGUGUCGUGCCUGGUGUUUGUCGUCGGUAUCAUCGGCAAUUCCACUCUUCUGAGGAUCAUCUACAAGAAUAAGUGCAUGCGUAACGGGCCAAACAUCCUGAUCGCCAGCCUGGCCCUGGGAGACCUGCUGCACAUCAUUAUUGGCAUUCCCAUUAACGUUUACAAGCUCCUGGCAGAAGACUGGCCAUUCGGUGUGACUCUGUGCAAAACGGUGCCGUUUGUCCAGAAAGCAUCAGUGGGGAUCACAGUGCUGAGUCUGUGCGCUUUGAGUAUCGACAGGUAUCGUGCCGUGGCCUCGUGGAGCCGCAUCAAAGGGUAUGGAGUUCCGAAGUGGAUGGCGAUUGAGAUCACACUCAUCUGGAUAUUAUCCAUCGUCCUGGCUGUGCCAGAGGCAAUAGCCUUUGAUAUGAUCACCAUGGACUACAAAGGAGAACACUUGAGGAUCUGCUUGCUCCACCCCAUGCAGAAGAGCGACUUUAUGAAGUUUUACAAGUCAGCAAAGGACUGGUGGCUGUUCAGUGCAUAUUUCUGCUUACCAUUGGUCUGCACUGCUAUUUUCUACACCCUGAUGACCUGUGAGAUGCUGAGGAAGAAGAACGGAGUCCAGAUCGCUCUUAGUGAUCACCUCAAACAGCGGAGGGAGGUGGCUAAGACUGUGUUCUGCCUGGUCCUGGUCUUUGCUCUCUGCUGGCUGCCGCUCCACCUUAGCCGCAUUCUGAAGCUGACCAUCUAUGAUGAGAAAGAUCCAAACCGCUGUGAACUGCUCAGUUUCUUCUUGGUAUUGGACUACAUCGGGAUCAACAUGGCAUCAGUCAACUCCUGCAUCAACCCCAUCGCCCUCUACAUGGUCAGCAAGCGCUUCAAGAGCUGCUUCAGGUCCUGUCUUUGCUGCUGGUGCCUCCCGGCUGAGAUGCUAAUGGAUGAGAAACAGUCGUGCAUGAAGCUGAAAGUCACCGAACGAGCCUCUGAACAGAGUAAUUCGCGCAUGACCAACAAAUCCACCACAGCCUGAGAAGACUGAAGCCCGGAAGUGAGAAAAGAGGACGACAACAACAACAACAACAACAACAUCAUCGAGGUUGUAGUGAAUGUGGAUGAUGCUUGCUUCAUCUUCAACAUCAAAUGAUGUCUCCUUAAACUCCAAAGAGACAUUCUUUUGGAAAUCAGCCCCAAUUUUAGCCUUAAACUCUGAACACAUUUGAUGAUGGAGCACAGAAGACAGAUGCAUCGCUGCUGUUUUCUUGGAUAUCAAGAAUAGUGGUAAGGUAACACCAGAUGUUGAGAAAAUAAAAUAGGAGGUCAAAGGUGAGUGAGGAAAGACAGAUGCUCAGACUCACAGCCUGGUAAGUGAAUAUUACUCUGAAGUUCUGUUUGAGUGUGAUACUGCCUUAUGUAUUUCUCCCACACUCUGCAGCAGCUCAGAAAAAAAGUAUAAAAUCAAUGUAUAAUAUUGUUUUGUUUGUAUGUUUUGUUUUCAUCGUAUGUACAGAAAAGAAGUACUGAGCAUUUGGCAGACUUUAUUAAUUGUCACAUUAGUUGCAUUUCUACGUAUGCCUCUGUGCCAUUUUUCCCACUAGUUACUGAACUACUGAUGCUGUGUGUUUUAGGCUGUGAACGUUCAGCUAUUGUAUUAUACUGUUCAUUAAUGAGCCACUCCAAGAGGCUUUGUGCUAUCUUAAGCUGACCUGUACCUCGGCUUAUAUGACGAGACGUGGGUUUUCUAUUUGCAGUAAAUACAAUGAUAAAUAAAUAAAUAUAACAAAACGAGAAA